AUAAAAACUUCAAGUGGGCAAACACAGGAGCAGCUGUGUUUGGAAACACAGCCCAUAAAGCAGAUGAAGAAGAUGGUGGUAGUGAUGAUGAGGUGGUGCAUAGUGACGAUAUCCACUUUGAGCCGAUCGUGUCCUUACCAGAGGUGGAGGUAAAAUCUGGAGAAGAAGAUGAAGAAAUUCUCUUCAAAGAGAGGGCAAAACUUUACAGGUGGGACAGGGAUGCUACUCAGUGGAAGGAACGUGGUGUUGGAGAGAUCAAGAUCCUCUUCCAUACACAGAAGAAAUACUAUAGAGUCCUAAUGAGAAGAGACCAAGUUCUUAAAGUCUGUGCAAACCAUGUCAUCACCAAAGAAAUGAACUUGGUGCCCUCUGACACAUCAAACAAUGCUUUAAUUUGGACAGCCACAGAUUAUGCUGAUGGUGAAGUAAAAGUAGAGCAAUUUGCAGCCAAGUUUAAAACCCAAGAAAUGGCUAAUGCUUUCAAGAGGAGGUUUGAAGAAUGCCAGCUGAGCUUGUCAGAACUACAGAAGGGACACUUGUCUCUGGCAGCAGGACUGUCAAAGGACACCAAUCCUGUUGUGUAUUUUGAAGUUUCUGCUGAUGAUGAACCUUUAGGACACAUAACCAUGGAACUGUUUGCCAAUAUUGUCCCUCAAACUGCAGAAAAUUUCCGAGCCCUGUGCACAGGAGAGAAAGGAUUUGGGUUCAAGAACUCCAGAUUUCACAGAAUAGUCACCGACUUCGUGUGUCAGGGAGGAGAUAUAACUAACCACGAUGGAACGGGUGGACGGUCAAUUUAUGGAACAGCAUUUGAAGAUGAGAAUUUCGAAGUGAAACACACUGGUCCUGGAUUGUUGUCCAUGGCAAACAAGGGCAGGGAUACAAAUAAUUCUCAGUUCUUCAUAACACUUAAAAAAGCAGAACACUUGGACUUCAAGCAUGUGGUAUUUGGGUUUGUGAAAGAUGGAAUGGAUGUAGUGAAAAAGAUGGAAUCCUUUGGUUCUCCUGAAGGGCUAGUACAUGCAAGAAUUGUCAUUACAGACUGUGGGCAAAUAUAGAGUUAUUUCUUUGAGUAUACAGAUGUUUUAGCAGUAUCAAUCAGUACUUAGAUGUUAUUGACUAAUUAUUUCAACUUCUUAAAAUGGACACUUCUGAUGUAUAAAUGUAAAAUUACAGGUUAUAGUUGGAUUUUUUAUGUGUUCUAAUUGAUUUUUUUUGCAUGUUAAAUAAAGUUCAGGCACUGGCAUAUUUCAGGUGUAUUUGUGUUAUCCUGACAUUUGUAUUAAGUGUCAAAUUUUCAAAAUUAAAUCCUAGUCUUGUUAAAAUAAA